AGGGAGGAGUCCGUCCAGGCCGUGUGCAGGGUCCUAUAACAUGCACUGAGAGCCUGCAACUUCUGUGUAUCCGUCACAAUGGCUCCGAAAAACAUUGUCAUCUUUGGGGCCACAGGAAUGACCGGGAAAGUGACCCUGAAACAAGCGCUGGACAAAGGGUACAAUGUGACUGUCCUGGUGAGGGACCCCGCUCGCCUCCCGGCUGGCACCAAGCCUACAAAAGUCGUGGUUGGAGAUGUGCUGAAUAAAGGGGACGUCUCAAAGGCCGUGGAGGGACAGGACGCUGUCAUUAUUAUUCUGGGGACUCGGAAUGACCUUGGUCCAACCACAAUGAUGUCAGAGGGAACACAAAAUAUCGUAGAUGCAAUGAAACAGCAUGGCCUUCGAAAAGUAGCGGGCUGCAUGUCUUCCUUUCUGCUGUGGGAUAUCACCAAAGUGCCUCCUCCCAUGAAGCCAGUGACCGAGGACCACAUCCGAAUGAAAAAGGUCCUAACAGACUCCGGCCUGGACUAUGUGGCGGUGCUUCCUCCACACCUUGCAGACGACAAGCCUUUUACGGGAGAUUACACCGUGAGUGCUGAGCGCGGAGGGAAUGUCAUCUCCACCAGUGAUCUUAGCGACUUCUUCCUUCGUUGUGUGAACACAGAUGAGUAUAAUGGGAAAAGUGUCACCUUGUUCCGGGACUACAGUGGCUUGUAACGGCGCCCUCUGCUGGUGGUGGAAUACAACAACAUUCCAAGCUAUGGCCUUUCUAAAAGUAUGCAAAAAAAUAUAAUUUACGGAAAUCUAUAAAAUAAAAUGGAACCAUGCUUCAAA